ACGUUGAGAACGAUUACAUUGUGCGCAUGCUGCAAAUGUUUUGCUGAUCUUACAUAAAUUAUGUUAUGUGAACUUUUUUAUGAUUUACUAAAAUUCCGGUAAAUGCUUUGAAGUCUUUGAAUUCCGUAGCCCUACUAACGAGAGCAAGGAUAAGAGGUUCAUUUUGACAAAUACCUGUUUUCCUAGGGCGAAAUAUGUAGCCAGCAAGUGGGUACGACGGAAUAUCAGGUCAAAACGGGGAUGAACUGCUCAGAUAUAUAUUUAUUUAGCUUUAAUAUCACAAAGCUGCAUGACAGUUUUGUGAUAUUGCUUGUUACUAUGCAAAUUACGGAUAACAUCGCAAGAUAUUAACGGUAAACCCGUUGCGUAUGUUAUGCUAAAUUGUUAGCUACGGUAGCUAUUCCCUGCAUACACGUAUCUGCAGUGUAACGGGAGACUUGCUCUACCGAGUGCGGUUACCUAGUCAGAAACAUUGAACUGAUAACAUAUGUGACUGAUUCCUAUUUCCUAACUAUUCUUUGCACUGUGACAUACAGUACGUGUUGAAUACCAAUUAACAUACUUUGUACUAGUUUUAACUAAUGGCCAAGAAAGAAUGUGUCACAAAAUGCAAAGGGGAAUCCUCAAUGCUACGAAAUCGAAGAGGCGAACUGCAGAUUGGGGAACCGAAGAGCCCUGUUUCAACCCAUCAUGAGUCGACACAGGACAGUUCGAAAGAUAAUAGAUUAUCUGAAGGGGACGAUCAAUCCUCAAAUGGAACAUUAGCACAAUAUGACCAUAACGUCUACUCUCCAAAUAAUGAGACCCAAAGCACAGUUUACUUUCUGGUGGUGGUGUUGCUGUCUUUUUCCACGCGCUUUUACAAAAUCAAGGAACCUCCUCAUGUAUGUUGGGAUGAGACUCACUUUGGUAAAAUGGGGAGCUACUACAUAAACCGGACCUUCUUCUUUGAUGUCCACCCACCACUUGGCAAAAUGCUGAUUGGGCUAGCAGGCUACAUGACAGGCUACGAUGGAACCUACCCUUUUCUUAAACCUGGGGACAAAUACGAGCACCAUAACUACUGGGGGAUGAGAGGAUUCUGUGCAUCUCUGGGCUCCUGUCUGCCCCCGUUUGCCUACCUCACUGUAUUGGAUUUGUCUCAGUCAUCAACAGCCGCCCUCAUCUCUGCUGCCAUGCUGGUAUUUGACACUGGCUGCAUUACUAUCUCCCAGUACAUCCUUCUGGACCCCAUCCUCAUGUUCUUCAUAAUGGGAUCUGUGCUCUGCAUGGUCAAGUUCAAUCUUCAGAUAUCUAGGCCUUUUAGUGCACCCUGGUGGCUCUGGCUGGUACUGACAGGGGUGAACCUGUCUGGGGCACUGGGGGUGAAGUUUGUGGGGCUGUUCGUAAUUCUGCUGGUGGGACUAAACACAACCUGGGACCUAUGGAGACUGCUGGGGGAUCUUGACCUCUCUUUGGUAGAUUUUGGGAAGCACUUCUUGUCCAGAGUGUUUGGGCUUAUCAUUCUUCCCCUGUUUUUUUAUGUUACAAUAUUUGCAGUCCACUUUGUUGUCCUGAACAAAAGUGGUCCAGGAGAUGGCUUUUUUAGCUCUGCUUUUCAGUCCCGUCUGAUUGGAAACAACCUACACAACGCAUCCAUGCCUGAGUACCUGGCAUACGGCUCCACCAUCACGGUGAAGAACCUUCGUAUCGCUGGAGGCUACCUCCACUCUCACUGGCAUCUGUACCCAGAGGGCGUAGGAGCAAAGCAGCAGCAGGUGACAGCAUAUCUUCAUAAGGACUAUAACAAUCUGUGGCUGGUUCACAGACCCAAUGACAGUAAUGGAGAACCGGACCUUGUUCGUCAUGGUGACGUUAUUCGACUGGAGCACAAAGAGACCACUCGUAAUCUUCACAGUCAUCGCCAUGAAGCACCUCUCACUAAAAAACACUUCCAGGUCACAGGAUAUGGCAUCAAUGGAACAGGUGACCCUAACGACCUGUGGCAGGUGGAGGUCUGUGGGGGUCGGAAAGGAGACCUGAUCAAGGUGUUACGCAGCAAAGUGCGCUUCCUGCACCGUGCAACCGGCUGCGUGCUCAACUCUUCUGGCAAGACUCUCCCGAAAUGGGGCUGGGAACAGGUGGAAGUUACAUGUAGCCCAUAUCUGAAGGAGACCCCAAACUCUCAAUGGAGUAUUGAAGAUCACAUCAAUACCAAAUUGCCCAACAUUAGCCUUGCAGUGCUGAAGCCCCACUUCAUAGAGAUUUUGCUGGAGUCCCACAUCGUCAUGAUUAGGGGUAAUAGCGGUUUGAAGCCCAAAGACAAUGAAAUGAACUCUAAACCUUGGCAUUGGCCAGUUAACUACCAGGGAUUGAGGUUCUCUGGAGUGAAUGAGACUGAAUACCGUGUUUACCUGUUAGGCAACCCUGUUAUCUGGUGGCUCAACUUGCUCAGUCUGGGCCUGUAUUUGGUUAUGGUGGCAGCAGCCUCUCUGGCCCUCCACAGAGGAGUCCAGCUGGACAAGAGAAGGAUAGAGCGUUGUCGUGUGCUGAGGGAAGGUGGAGGGCUGCUGCUUCUGGGCUGGUUGCUACACUAUGUGCCCUUCUACACCAUGGGACGCAUCCUCUACUACCACCACUACUUUCCUGCCAUGCUUUUCAGCAGUAUGCUAACAGGAAUCACUUUGGACACCCUUCUGCAGAGUGCUGACCUGGUGCUGGACCCACCUUAUUCUUACUGGCUGUUUAAAGGAGGAAAGGCAAUGCUAUUUCUCACAAUCCUAUACAGCUUUUACCUGUUCAACCCUCUGUCUUACGGUAUGAGAGGGCCGCUUGCUCAUGACCCUGCCAGUACCAUGGCUGGCCUGAAGUGGAUGGACUCCUGGGAGUUUUAAUCUGGUGAAGAGUCAGAUGUUGGACUGACAUAGUGAUAUAGCAGAGUGGUAUUUUGCAGACAUGCACAAGUCUGUGUAUUUUAAGCAAUGUGAACUUCAGAGUUUACAGUAUUGCACAUAGAAUUAGAUUUUAUUUUGACAUUGGUACCUUUAACGAGUAUUUUAAUAAUCAGUUUUGUGUCCAAACAUUUCUUUUUAGUUCAACUUUUAAAAUAUAAAUUCUAUUUUAAUGAUACACAUGAAUUGCACAUGCAACAUAUUGUUCACCACCCUAACAUAUACUUGAUGUUUGGAGAGAAAUAAUUUCAGAACAUGAAUCUUCUUUAGGUGGAUGUUGACAUUUAUGACUGAUGUUUAUUUAAUUAUGUCUACUGAGCUGCCUUAACAUGUAUUUAGUUUUUUUUGCUAAUUGAGUGGCAAUAAUAAGCUAAGUGCCUAAAGGGACAGUAGCUAAGUACACAAUCUGGUUUUUAGUACCAUUGAGAAUCCAAUUUGAUAUACUUUUUGCAGUGAAAAACAAAUGUACCAUUUCAAUUACAUUAUAAUAUACAUUUUGAGUAUUUGUUUGAGUGUCUUGCAAGGUUUUUGUGGUCUUAGUGUUCACAGUAUUUUAUAAACAUUUGGUGCGGUACUAUUUGGACCUUAGUGUUGACAGACAGUCUUCCUGGGUUCCAUGAUUUAACUGAAAAUAUAUUACAAAUAAAACAUUAUUUACAUACAUUUUAAGAAUGCAUUAACAUGUAUUUCAGUACUUUCAGUUUUUACUAUUCAAUAAAACCUUUAUUUAUUUACCUGU